UUUUGGAUUUUACCUUCUCGUCUAUCAAUUUUCGAAGAUGGGGGCCUACCGCUAUAUGCAGGAACUGUAUAGGAAGAAGCAAAGCGAUGUUAUGCGAUAUUUAUUGCGCAUUCGCGUUUGGCAAUACCGUCAACUGACUAAGUUACAUCGUUCGCCCAGACCUACUCGCCCGGAUAAGGCCAGACGUCUAGGAUAUCGUGCCAAGCAAGGAUUCGUUAUUUACAGAAUCCGUGUUCGCCGGGGUGGUCGCAAACGCCCAGUGCCUAAGGGUUGCACCUAUGGAAAGCCGAAGAGUCAUGGAGUUAACCAACUUAAGCCCUAUCGCGGACUGCAGUCAAUUGCGGAGGAACGUGUUGGUCGUCGACUUGGUGGCUUGCGAGUUUUAAAUUCGUAUUGGAUUGCGCAAGAUGCUUCAUAUAAAUAUUUUGAGGUAAUCUUGAUUGACACUCAUCACAGUGCCAUUCGGCGUGAUCCAAAAAUUAACUGGAUUUGCAAGCAUGUCCAUAAGCAUCGUGAAUUGCGCGGUCUUACUUCAGCUGGAAAGAGUUCCCGCGGUAUUGGCAAGGGCUAUAGAUACUCUCAGACUAUUGGCGGAUCUAGGCGAGCUGCCUGGAAGCGCAAGAACCGCGAGCAUAUGCAUAGGAAGCGUUAAUGUGUAAAUUUCAUUUAAAAGCCAUUUGAAAUCAUUUUUGGCUAAUAAAUCAGCACGCAAAUAAUA